AGACAGUGCCACGAAGCAAGGAGGGACCCUGCCGCAGAGCGUGCCCCACAGGGGGGCCCCAGCUCAGCCAUGCUGGCCUGUCUGCAGAGGACCCAGAACCCACCGGGCCAGCACCUGGCCUGCCCGAGCAAGAGCCUGGAGCUGCGCAAGUGCGAGACGGCAGCCAGCUCCAUGCACUCCUCCCGCUACCCGAGCCCAGCCGAGCUGGAUGCCUAUGCCGAGAAGGUGGCCAACAGCCCUCUGUCCAUCAAGAUCUUCCCCACCAACAUCCGCGUGCCCCAGCACAAGCACCUCAGCCGCACCAUCAACGGCUAUGACACCAGCGGCCAGCGCUACAGCCCCUACCCACAGCACGCCGCUGGCUACCAGGGGCUGCUGGCCAUUGUCAAGGCCGCUGUCUCCUCCUCCAGUGCGGCCGCCCCCACUGGACCCGCCAAAAGCGUGCUCAAGAACGCUGAGGGUAAGCGGACCAAGCUGUCACCGGCCACCGUGCAGGUGGGCAUCGCGCCCUACCCAGCGCCCAGCACCCUGGGACCUUUGGCCUACCCCAAGCCACCCGAGGUGCCUGCCCCACCACCCAGCCUGCCCGCAGCCGCCACUGCCGCCUCCGUCAUCCCCUUGCCAGGCCGUGGCCUGCCCCUGCCGCCCUCUAACCUGCCUUCCAUCCACAGUAUCCUCUACCAGCUCAACCAGCAGUGCCAGGCCCCAGGCGCUGCACCCGCUGCCUGCCAGGCCGUGGCUGUUCCACCCCCCAGCCCGGCCAAGCAUGGCCCUGUGCCCAGCUUCCCCAGCAUGGCCUACUCAGCCACAGCCGGCCUGCCCGAUUGCCGGAAGGGCACAGAGCUGGGUCCCGGAGCCACCACAGCCCUGACACUAGCUGGGGCCACCAAGCCUGCAGGGUACACGGAGAGUGGCCUGGAUUACCUGCUGUGGCCGCAGAAGCCACCGCCGCCACCACCCCAGCCACUGCGCACUUACAGCAGUGGCACGGUGGCCAGCAAGUCCCCAGAGGCCUGUGGCAGCAGGGCCUACGAACGGGCCAGCGUGUCGCCCCUCAACUGUAGCGUGGGGCUGCCGGCCAGCUUCACUGUGGGCCAGUACUUUGCUGCCCCCUGGAACAGUGUGCUGGUGACCCCCACCAGCGACUGCUACAACCCCGCGGGGGCGGCGGCAGUGGCAGUGACUGAGCUGGGCCCGGGAGCCACCCGGGAGCUGACGGGGCCUCCGGCGGACACCCUGGCAGGCCUGCCUAGCAAGAGCAUGUGCAACACGUCGGUGCUGAGCAGCAGCCUGCAGUCGCUGGAGUACCUCAUCAACGACAUCCGGCCGCCCUGCAUCAAGGAGCAGAUGCUGGGCAAGGGUUACGAGACG